AUGGCUAUCCUUCUCGCCCACUCCGCAUUGCAUAUUUCUGUUCCACCGACCACCACCACGGCCGGAGAAGACUUCCUAAAUGCGACAACGGAUCACAUCGAAUCCCUUGUCCACAAUCUCAUCCACAGUGUCAACACUCAUACACUCUCCACCGACUCCCCGAUCUGGCCGUUCAUGUCGCCAUCAUUCUACACUCGCGGCACCGCCUGUCCCAGCACCGCAAGCCGCCUUGAAACCAUGUAUACCUUCCAAGGCUACUGGGCCGAGCAUCCGGACUAUUUCCUCCACACAGAGAGCAUGUACACAGUGCUCAAUUCUAAGAUGAAUACGGCGACCGUCUUUGUCAAUGUUGAGAUUGGUGGCGGGCCGGCAAUGGAGGAAGGGCUUAGUCGACAGGCGGUAAGCAUUUACGAGGCUGCGAAGAGCAAGGACGGAUCGUGGAGUCUCAAUGGAGUGACUACUACGCCCGGGGGUUGGUAG